UUUAAUAACUAAAAGAUUUAACUUACGAUUUAGCACCCUUUUAGACUUUUAAGGGAACACCCAUCUCGUUAACACUCAAAAACCUUCUUAUUCUGCUUUCCAACAUUUCUUCCGGAGGAUCUAUGGUACUAUAUGCGCAUCAGGAUUGAAUACAUUGAAAGCGCUUACAAGGUCUCCUAUUAUAAUUCGGUUUACUGCUUGGACACUUAAUAGAAGAUAAAAUUAACCAAAUCAAAGAUACCGAGCAAACAGGAUGAUUUAACAAGUUUUCAUAAAGAACUAAAAAAAAGUUUGUGAUAUUCGCAAUCCAAAUUCAAAUACGAAGUAUAUCUCGUCUCUUCUCGAUUGACUUUAAAACUUGAUAAAUAUGGCGGACGAAGUGACGAUUAUUCAUUUUAAUGAUGUUUAUAAUAUUGAACCCCGGAGUGAUGAACCAAAAGGAGGAGCUGCCAGAUUCGCAAAUUAUGUCCAAACUUGUAAAGACCUCAACCCAAUUGUUUUAUUCAGUGGUGAUAUAUUUAACCCAUCUUUACUGAGUGUAUUCACACAAGGGGAACAGAUGAUACCCAUCUUGAAAGCUUGCAAAGUACAAUGUUCUGUUUUUGGAAAUCAUGAUUUUGGUAUAUGCAUUCUGAUAUGUAACGACGAGCUUACCCGUUUGGGGAAGUAUGAGCAUUUUGGUGUUGAUCGUCUUCUAGAGCUGUCUGAGAAAUCAAUGAUUCCAUGGUUGAUGAGCAAUGUAACAGACAAUAUAACUGAAAAACCUCUUGCAAAUGGAGCCCUUUCAUAUAUGCUGGAAUGGAAUGGAAAGAAAAUAGGUCUAAUUGGACUUGUAGAAAAAGAAUGGAUUGCAACAUUAGGCACACUUGAUCCUGAAGAUGUAACAUUUCAAGACUUUGUGGCCGUUGGCUCAAAAAUUGGAAAAGAAUUGAAAGAUGACGGUGCAGAUAUCGUCAUUGCACUAACUCACAUGCGGUGGCCAAAUGAUGAACGCCUCGCAGAAGAAGCAGAACAUAUCGACCUCAUCCUGGGGGGUCAUGAUCAUGAUUAUGGCCUUAAAGAGGUAAAUGGUAGGUACAUCCUCAAAAGUGGUACUGACUUUCGCAAUCUCAGUAAAAUUACCCUAAAAUGGCCCACACCAGAACCUUCCAGUGUCAUUGUGGAUAUAGAAAGAAUAGAUCUGGAUUCUUCAUACCCUGAAGAUGAAGACACAAAAGAAGUUGUGAAUGAUUAUUUAAAAAUUGUUGACACCAAAUUAGAUGAAGAGCUUGGUAAUAUAUCAGUGCCACUCGAUGGCAGAUUUAGUGCCGUCCGCACACGGGAAACCAAUUUAGGGAAUUUCAUUACUGACAUAAUGCUGUCAGCAACACAAGCUGAUGUUGCCCUUAUCAACUCAGGAACUUUCCGUUCAGAUAGAAUCCAUCCAAAAGGACCAUUCAAACUUCAGGAUCUUAUGGAUAUCUUACCUAUGGUGGACCCACUUGUUGUAUUAAAAAUCACAGGUGCAAAACUGGUGGAAGCUUUGGAAAACAGUGUUUCUGAAUACCCCAAAUUAGAAGGACGUUUCGGUCAAGUGUCAGGAAUCAUAUUCGGGUUCGAUCCCAGUAAACCACAAGGUCACCGAGUGGAGUCAGAAUUGAUAAAAGUACAAGGCGAGUAUUUAGAGUUAGAAAAGACAUAUCUCUUAUGUACAAAAGCUUAUCUCGCACAUGGAAAAGAUGGCUACGACAUGUUCAAAGAUUGUGAGUUUAUGGUUAAUGAAGAUGAAGGUCCUGUUUUAUCGACUGCUGUGAGAAACCACUUUGAAUCCGUUCAAAUGAUUCAAGGUAUCAAAUCAUGUCGAUCUGGACAUCGUCAGUCACUAAUUGGUCUCGUCAGAAAAAAGAGUCUUAUUAAUAAAAAGGGUGACGAGAACAAGAAAUCGAAACCGCGACAUUUGGUCAGACAAGAAUCCAUCCACGAUGUAGAGAAUGAACUUUGCAACCUAGCACCAAUAGUAGAAGGCAGAAUAUUUAUGCUAGACGACGUUAAGCGAGAGGUGAUGUUAAGUUUAAAACAGUCAUCCGAGCAUCUAUUAAGUGCCGCAGUUCCUGAGGAGACUGGAUAUAACGGGAGUCACCAGACAACUCCAAACUCGGACAACGAAAGGAAUCUUGUUCCGUAGAUACUGCUUUUAUAUAAACAUUUCAUUUUCUUGGAAAAGUUUUGAUAAGGAUAAAACCCAAUGAACAUAGAACAUAGGUUAAACCAAAAGAACAACAAUAUAAGCAACAACAAUGACCUCGAUGAUAACACCAACAACAGCAGCAGCAACAGCAACAACAACAGCAACAACAACAACAACAACAACAACAACAACAGUAAAUAAUAAUAAUAAUAAUAAUAAUAAUAAUAAUAAUAAUAGAAGUUUGGCGAAAUAGUCUAGAGUUUCCAUAGAAAUUUGAAUCAAGUCUCGCGGAUGGCACCUGCGAAGUAUGGUAAUAGUGAAUGAUAAUAAUA